CCGGUCCUUGCCGCACCUUUUCUCUUUGUCUCACCAGCUUGCUUGGUUUAUAAAGGCCUCCCUCGGCGCCUUGACGGCUCCUUGUACAUUUCUUGGACUCCACACCGGACUGUAUUCGCCGCAGCACCAUCAUGACCUCCGAAAAUGGGCAGCUUGCGUUUUCGCAGCAGCCCGUCUCUGGCGCAGAGAACCAAAACGAAGACUGGGACCGCUCGAUACGGGGUACCGAGGGUACGCGGGGUGUGCAGGGCGAGACACGCAAGCGGACGUUAAGCGACCUGUUGCGACUCCACACAGAGAAGGGGAAGGACUUGGACUUGAGUCCGGAGGAGGCAAAUCAGCUAGCAGAGGUCUUGGGCCGCUGGAUAAAUUCUGAGUCAUCGCCGUUUGAAGGCGAAGACACGUUCUUCACACCAAGCCAGUCUCAGGAUGACUCUGUGUUGCCAUCAAGACGUAGUACUGCUGAUUCAUUCGAGACUCGACCGCGAGGUCAGAGCGAAAGCAUGACGGGCUUAUCGUCAUAACGCUACCAAGGCGAGCGUCGGCAAGGCGCAUGCAGCCUUUCACCAAAUUUCAGUAUGACCCAGCUUUCCUACACGCUUCUAGUCGCUCGAUCUGCUAUAUCAAUGCUCUCCAUGCUCGUUACGACUCUCAUGACUUUACGACCUCUCACGACCGCCACGACUCGUCAUGACAGCCUACUAGUAUACACACCUUUAAUUUUAAUCGCCGCCUCUUGGCACCUUUUUUACCUGUGCAAGGUUGCUGCUUAUCCUACAGUGCGUUGCUUCACUGGGUGUAAUAUCAGGGUCCCUC